UUUAUCCCCACAUUUCUUCUUCCAACCGGCUGCAACACGUCAGACGCGCCUGCCAUGCUGCACGCGCUUACUGCCUCCGCGUCUUCCACCUCACCUCUUCUCGUCGCUUCCUCUCUCUCCAAGCCUUUCCUCUCUCCCGCUACGCAGAAUCUCUCUCUCUCUCUCUCGGCUGCCAAACACGCCGCGACUUUCCCUCAAAACACAAGACUCUUUUCCAUCUACUCAUCCCCCAUGAACAUACUCAACAAGUUGGGUUUUGGCUUCAAAUCAAACUCUGACCCGGCUACCAUGGAGAACUCCUCGAUUGCGCAGGGGCCCGACGACGAUGUCCCGGCCCCUGGUCAGCAAUUCGCUCAGUUCGGUGCGGGUUGCUUUUGGGGAGUUGAAUUGACGUUUCAGAGAGUGCCUGGCGUCACCAAGACCGAGGUCGGUUACUCACAGGGCUUCAUGCAUAAUCCGAGCUAUGAGGAUAUUUGUUCUGGUAUAACCAACCAUAAUGAGGUGGUCAGGGUGCAGUAUGAUCCUAAGGAGUGUAGCUAUGAGAGCUUGCUUGAGGUGUUCUGGGCCAGGCAUGAUCCUACUACCUUGAAUCGCCAGGGGAAUGAUGUGGGAACACAGUACAGGUCUGGAAUAUACUAUUACACCCCUGAGCAGGAGAAGGCAGCGAAGGAGUCUCUGGAACGACAGCAGAAGUUCUUGAACAGGAAGAUUAUUACUGAGAUCCUACCUGCAAAGAAGUUCUACCGAGCUGAGGAAUACCACCAACAAUACCUUGCCAAAGGGGGCCGUUUCGGUUUCAAACAAUCAGCUGAAAAAGGCUGCAAUGAUCCAAUCCGAUGCUAUGGUUAAGUUGGAGAUUGGCCAAACCAGAAAAUGUUGUGCAGAGAUAGCGGACGUGGAUACUUUGUGUUUUGUUCUUUAGCUGAUAUAUUACAGUUAAGAGAUACUUUUCCGUCCUAAACAUCUGAUAUAUGUAGCUGCAGUAGUUUUAGGAAGGAGAAUCCUUUGUCUCUUCUGUAUGCGUACUCAUUGAAAGUGCUUUCCUCUGUUGUGGAGAGAUUAAGUGUAACACCCCGUUUUUUUUUUUUUAAUGGUGUACGAUAAAGCACUCAUACAACACAAUACCGAAUCCAUAUUAUUCCAACCAUGCACAAGAGAAAUUUGUCCACCUUCCAUGUUCCAAAUCAAUUGUACAUACAUCUCCACCUCUACAACACAUAGUAAUACAAUAUCAAACAUUCCUA